AUGUCGAAAGUGAUCCAGAAAAAGAACCACUGGACUAGCAGGGUUCACGAAUGCACCGUGAAGCGGGGACCUCAGGGCGAGCUGGGGGUGACGGUGCUGGGGGGCGCGGAGAACGGGGAGUUUCCAUAUGUUGGAGCGGUGGCGGCCACCGAGGUGGCGGGGCUCCCCGGCGGUGGCGAGGGCCCGAAGCUGAGCGAAGGAGAGCUGCUUCUGGAGGUGCAGGGGAUCCGGGUGUCCGGUCUGCCCCGCUAUGACGUGCUGGGGGUCAUCGACAGUUGCCAGGAGGCCGUCACCUUCAAAGCCGUCAGACCAGGAGGGAGGCUCCACAAGGACCUGCGGCAUUUUCUGAAUCAACGGUUCCAGAAAGGGUCCCCGGAUCACGAGCUGCAGCAGACCAUAAGAGAUAACCUCUACCGCCACGCUGUGCCUUGCACCACCCGAUCUCCCCGGGAAGGAGAAGUGCCUGGCGUGGAUUACAGCUUCCUGACUGUGAAGGAGUUCUUGGAUCUCGAGCAGAGCGGGACUCUUCUGGAAGUUGGCACCUAUGAAGGAAACUAUUAUGGGACACCCAAACCUCCCAGCCAGCCAGUCAGUGGGAAAGUGAUCACAACGGAUGCCUUGCAAAGCCUUCAGUCUGGCUCCAAGCAGUCGACCCCGAAGCGCACCAAGUCCUACAAUGACAUGCAAAAUGCUGGCAUAGUCCCCGCGGAGACCGAGGAGGAGGAUGACGUUCCUGAAAUGAACAGUAGCUUUACAGCCGAUUCUGGGGACCAGGACGAGCACCCUCUCCAAGAAGCAGCUCUUGCGCCUGUGAAUAGUAGCCUCGUUGCUGCUCCCAUCACGGACCCUUCUCAGAAGUUCCCUCAGCAUCUACCUCUUUCCGCAGAGGAUAAUCUAGGUCCUCUGCCUCAAAACUGGGAGAUGGCCUAUACCGAAAAUGGAGAAGUCUACUUUAUAGACUCUUACUGUUCUGUGAUUCGMGUUGAGGUCACACUUUCUGGCCAAGCCAAUGAAAUGAGCUGCUGUGCAGAAGAAGGGGUACACACCGAGGAGCUGGACAGUGAACUAGAACUGCCUGCUGGUUGGGAAAAGAUCGAAGAUCCUGUCUAUGGUGUCUACUAUGUAGACCACAUCAACAGGAAGACUCAGUAUGAGAACCCAGUUCUAGAAGCCAAACGGAAGAAGCAGCAGCAGCAACAGCAGCAACAGCAGCAGCAGCAGCAAUCCCAGCAGCCGCCACCCCCAGAAGAGUGGACAGAAGAUCAUUCAUCCCUCGUGCCUCCUGUUAUUCCAAACCACCCCCCAAGCAAUCCGGAGCCAACCAGGGAAGCUCCACUUCAGGGCAAACCCUUUUUUACACGAAACCCUUCUGAGUUGAAAGGCAAGUUCAUCCACACGAAGCUGCGGAAAAGCAGUCGCGGCUUCGGCUUCACGGUAGUUGGCGGGGACGAACCCGACGAGUUCCUCCAGAUCAAGAGCUUGGUCCUGGACGGUCCUGCCGCCCUGGAUGGCAAGAUGGAAACAGGYGAUGUCAUUGUCAGCGUGAACGACACCUGUGUCCUGGGACACACGCACGCGCAAGUUGUGAAAAUCUUCCAGUCUAUCCCCAUUGGUGCCAGCGUGGACCUUGAACUCUGCCGAGGUUACCCAUUGCCUUUUGACCCAGAUGACCCCAACACCAGUUUAGUGACCUCGGUGGCUAUUUUGGACAAAGAGCCCAUUAUCGUGAACGGACAGGAGACCUACGAUUCCCCAGCGAGCCACAGCAGUAAAACAGGCAAAGCCAGCAGCAUGAGGGACGCCAGGCCCAGCAGCCCCGCGGACGUGGCCUCCACCGGCUCCCACGGGUACCCCAACGACACCGUGUCCUUGGCCUCGUCCAUCGCCACGCAGCCGGAGCUCAUCACCGUGCACAUAGUCAAGGGGCCCAUGGGCUUCGGGUUCACUAUCGCCGACAGCCCGGGCGGYGGGGGCCAGAGAGUGAAGCAGAUCGUGGACAGUCUGAGGUGCCGGGGCUUGAAAGAAGGGGACCUCAUCGUGGAGGUCAAUAAGAAGAACGUGCAGGCCUUGAGUCACAACCAGGUGGUGGACAUGCUCAUCGAGUGUCCCAAGGGAAGCGAGGUCACCCUGUUGGUGCAGCGAGGAGGGCUGCCGGUUCCCAAGAAGAGCCCAAAGUCGCAACCACUGGAAAGGAAAGACAGCCAGAGUAGUUCUCAACACAGCGCUUCCAGCCACCGGAGCCUGCACACAGCGUCCCCGAGUCACAACACGCAGGUGCUCCCCGAGUACCCACCUACCGAGGCUCCCGCUCCAGAUCAGAUCGACAGCUCUGGGCAGAAGAAACCAGAUCCUUUUAAAAUCUGGGCCCAGUCCAGGAGCAUGUAUGAAAACCGACCUAUGUCACCUUCGCCUGCAUCAGGAUUGAGCAAGGGGGAAAGAGAGAGAGAAAUCAGUUCCACGAAUUUUGGAGAAUGUCAGAUUCCCGACUACCAGGAACAGGACAUCUUCCUCUGGAGAAAAGAGACUGGAUUCGGAUUUAGGAUUCUAGGUGGAAAUGAGCCAGGGGAACCUAUUUAUAUUGGUCACAUCGUACCACUGGGUGCUGCUGAUACAGACGGCCGCCUGAGGUCUGGCGAUGAAUUAAUCUGUGUGGAUGGGACACCAGUAAUCGGGAAAUCACACCAGCUCGUGGUCCAGCUUAUGCAACAAGCUGCCAAACAGGGCCACGUCAAUCUCACAGUGCGGCGAAAAGUGGUGUUUGCUGUCCCGAAAACCGAGAAUGAGGUGCCCUCGCCAGCCUCCUCCCACCACAGCAGCACCCAGCCGGCCUCGCUGACGGAGGAGAAGCGCACCCCGCAGGGCAGCCAGAACUCGCUCAACACCGUGAGCUCGGGCAGCGGCAGCACCAGCGGUAUUGGCAGCGGCGGCGGCGGGGGCAGUGGCGUGGUCAGCACCGUGGUCAGCACCGUGGUCAGCACCGUGGUGCAGCCCUACGACGUGGAGAUCCGGCGCGGGGAGAACGAGGGCUUCGGCUUCGUCAUCGUGUCCUCGGUGAGCAGGCCCGAAGCAGGCACGACCUUCGGUCGGAUUAUUGAGGGGAGCCCUGCUGACCGCUGUGGCAAGCUGAAAGUAGGAGACCGGAUCUUGGCAGUAAAUGGAUGUUCCAUCACCAACAAAUCCCAUUCAGACAUUGUCAACCUAAUCAAGGAAGCAGGAAACACAGUUACCCUCCGCAUCAUUCCUGGGGAUGAGUCCUCAAAUGCCACCUUGCUGACCAAUGCAGAAAAGAUUGCCACCAUCACCACCACACACACCCCUUCUCAGCAGGGGGCCCAGGAGACAAGGAACACCGCCAAACCAAAGCCGGAAUCUCAGUUCGAGUUCAAAGCUCCCCAGGCUACCCAGGAGCAAGAUUUUUACACUGUGGAACUGGAAAGAGGAGCCAAGGGAUUUGGCUUUAGUCUUCGAGGGGGUCGAGAAUAUAACAUGGACCUCUAUGUUCUGCGCUUAGCAGAGGAUGGUCCUGCAGAAAGAUGUGGAAAGAUGAGGAUUGGUGAUGAAAUUCUAGAGAUCAAUGGCGAGACCACCAAAAACAUGAAGCAUUCUCGGGCCAUUGAACUGAUUAAGAAUGGUGGCCGCAGAGUUCGUCUGUUUCUGAGGCGGGGAGACGGCUCGGUCCCGGAAUAUGACCCCAGCAGCGACCGGAACGGCCCCUCCGCCGGUGCACAAGGCUUUCCGGAAGUGAGGGCCGGACCGUCCGGCCGCCAGCACCCAUCAUUGGAGUCCAGUUACCCACCCGACGUUCACAAAUCAUCACCACAUGGGGAGAAGCGGGCACACGUGAGAGACCCAAAAGGCAGCCGAGAGUACAGCAGACAACCCAAUGAACACCACACCUGGAAUGGAACUUCCCGAAAACCCGACGGCGCGGCCUGCCGACCCAAGGACCGGGCGCCCGAGGGACGCCGAGACGCGCAGGCCGAGCGGAUGGCGACCAACGGGCCCAAGAGGAGGUCUCCGGAGAAGCGCCGAGACGGCACGCGCAGCGCGGACACCACCCUGGAGAGGAGGGAGAAGCCCGAGAAGAGGCGGGAGGGGUCUCCCGAGCGCCGGCGGGAGCGGUCCCCCACGCGCCGAAGGGACAGCUCGCCCAGCCGGCGGCGGCGGUCCCUCGAAAGACUCCUGGAUCCCAGAAGGUCCCCGGAGCGAAGGAGAGUGGCCUCGCCCGAGAGGAGGGCCAAGUCCACCGAUCGGAGACGGGCCCGGUCCCCCGAGCGCCGCCGAGAGCGUUCGCUGGACAAAAGGAGCCGAGAGGACCGAGGUGGCCACCGAGAGCGGGAAGAGGCGACUCUGAAACAGGAAUUGGGCAGAAGUUCCAGAAAUCCCCCGGAGCAGAGGAGGCGACCUUAUAAAGAAUGUAGCACCGACCUCAGUAUCUGAGACUUGACACGCAUUCCAACCUUUACCAUGUCAAAGGUUCUAAGAGGAAGGUCACAAACCUGAGAUAAUUUAGUUUUCUUACCUUAGGAAGCAUCUCUGACACCUGGUGAUCCUAUGAAUAGCUACAAACAUUUUAUGCAUUUGAGAUCUUCUAAGAAAAAAAAUUAUAUAUGAAAAGUCUUGUGCCUG